CUACUCAGGGGUGGUGCUUAGCCGGCGCCAGACCGACCCUCGACUUCGGAGAGGCAGUGCCGUUCCUCUGGGCGCUUCCCCGGCCGCUUCGGGCGCCUCCGCUUCCUCGGGGACCGCUGACCCUGGUAUAUGCCCCAGCUCUGACCCCGCUCGAGAGAUGUCGACCCCGGCCCGGCGGCGCCUCAUGAGGGACUUCAAGAGGUUACAAGAGGACCCCCCGGCCGGAGUGAGCGGGGCUCCGUCCGAGAACAACAUAAUGGUUUGGAACGCGGUCAUUUUUGGGCCUGAAGGGACCCCUUUUGAGGAUGGAACAUUUAAACUUACAAUUGAAUUUACUGAAGAAUAUCCGAAUAAACCACCUACUGUUAGAUUUGUCUCUAAGAUGUUCCAUCCUAAUGUCUAUGCAGAUGGUAGUAUAUGCCUGGAUAUACUUCAGAACCGUUGGAGCCCAACGUAUGAUGUAUCUUCCAUUUUAACAUCCAUACAGUCUCUAUUGGAUGAACCUAAUCCCAAUAGUCCAGCAAACAGCCAGGCUGCCCAGCUGUACCAGGAGAACAAGCGGGAAUAUGAAAAGCGUGUUUCUGCAAUAGUAGAACAAAGCUGGCGUGACUGUUGACUCAGGGAAGAGCAAACGAAGAGGCUGACCAUAAGAAAAAUGUAUAUUGAUGCGUUUAUCAACUUCUUAUUCUUAAUUCAUUACAUUUACUUUAUUAAAAACAAAAUAGCUGUUGU